AUGCUUGAAUUGCGCGAUGGGAGGCACAGCAGGCGUGACUCUCAAGGAGGUGGUACAAUGGAGAAAGAGGGUGAAGAAGAGGAUGUUUUCGAAAUCGACGAUUUCACCGUAAUCACAGAGUUUGAGCAUUUUGUUGUUGCCAUUGAGGCACUCAUUCUAGAGUGGGGACUGGGGUUUUUGAAAUCGUGUUCAUGGCAGUUUAAAUCAGCAACCUUGAGUUUCGGCGAGUCCAACAAGCUCAAAGCAACAUAUUGCUAUCCUGAUGUGACUGACGUUGUCGUUAAAGAGCAACCCAAUGCUGAACAGGAAGGACAUCUCCCAUCGUUUGCACUCGAUAUGUCAGAUGCUGAAGUUGGCUUCUGUUACCACAGUAACAUAGCAACAAUGUAUGGUGUGUCCGAGUACAUACUGUUCUCGCCGGCAGAUCAGGUAGAUGAUGCUAUCAUGACCGAGGAUCAAAAGAAUCUGGUCGUCAGUGCAUUUCGAGUUGCCCAGCACAGCGUCGACUGCGAAGUUCCGAUGUUCAUUCAGUUUGGACAUAUUGACCGGCAACUAUUUUUCGGGACAGCGUGCAAUAAAUCGGUUGUUGCUCAUUAUGGCGGAUCGCACUUGAGGAAGGGCCAGAUGCGUCAUAUGCACCUGAGUGGCUUACUGGAUCUUUUCAAAGAACAUGUUAAGUGCCCCCUCUCACUGCUCGAAACCGACGACAUCCGCGUGUCUGUGCAGUUCGACUACAAUAUAAAGUUUCCUUCAACUGCAUCGAAAGAAAUUGACGAUUCGUCUGAAAUAUUGGAAUGCUACAAUCUUCCUUUUGGUUGUCGAGAUGAACCAGUCAGGUAUGUUUCUGAAUCGAAUCUUAGC